AUGGACAACUACACCAGCCUAACCGGCAUCACAGACCAACUGCACCAAACACUGGGCACACCGCUCUACCCGGGCCAGGGCAACCUCACCCUAGACAACCCUAAUCAUUACCAACCUCCGCCGCACCUGCACCACAACCACGACCACCACAUCGACCAACUAUUCACCGCCAAAAACAUCAUCAUCACACCCAUACUCACCCUAAUCAUACUGACCACAAUACUGGGCAACCUGCUAGUCAUAGUAGCUGUGCUCGUGGAGAAAAGCCUACGUACACCGAGUAAUUGCCUGAUAUUUUCGUUGGCCACCGCCGACCUGAUUGUGGGCCUAUUGGUUAUGCCCCUCAGGGCCUCAGUGGCCGUGUUUGGCCACUGGCCCUUUGACUUCCGGUGCGAUGUGCCCCUCGAGCUCAACAUACUAUCAUCCCAGGCAUCGGUGUUUAAUCUAGCUGUCAUUGCAAUUGACCGUUAUAUUAUUGUGUCCACAGUUAGGGCCAGGAGUGGUGUGUUGGGAGGGGGUGGGGGUCAGCGGACCCGGUGUAGGAUUGUUUUAAUGAUAGCCCUGGCCUGGGCUAUACCCACGGUGUAUGUUGUGAUGCCGUUUCUCGGUUGGCACGACCAGGACUGGUGGGCCCGCAAUCGCGAGUAUCACUGCAUUGGUAAUCGGGAUGUGGUCUAUAGGAUGGUGGGCGCGCUCAUCACGUUUUACAUACCGGUGCCCAUUAUUAUUGUGUUUUAUGUGCUUAUAUACCGGGUAUGUAUUUUGAUGUUGACAUUUUUUUGCUCAUGCUUUUUCUGUUAUUUGUAUUGUGUAACCCUGGCCUGGGCUAUACCCACGGUGUAUGUUGUGAUGCCGUUUCUCGGUUGGCACGACCAGGACUGGUGGGCCCGCAAUCGCGAGUAUCACUGUAUUGGCAAUCGGGAUGUGGUCUAUAGGGUGGUCGGCGCGCUCAUCACGUUUUACAUACCGGUGCCCAUUAUUAUUGUGUUUUAUGUGCUUAUAUACCGGAUCGCACGGAAAAGCACUCGCCAUAAGCGGUCGCACGACAUGAAACUGACGGCCACUGGCGGCGGCGCCGGCGCCGGUAUUGAUGCUGCGAACGGCAACGGUAUAGACCGGGACAUGACAUCUGGCAUAACGCCGGGGUUGACGGCACCGGCAGUCGUCACCGGCCCACCACUGGUAGCCAUGGAGGACAGCAGCUAUACGCCCACCUGCGGCGGUUACGUGGGCUCAAACCCGGUCCACAACCACAAACACGCGCACCGGGCGAGUGUCACUUGUGUGGGCCAGAUAUGUACCGUACGUAACCUAUCGCUACUGAGACGGCGCACAAAGUUCAAAGAGGAUAGAGAGCGCCGGGUGGCCAAAACACUGCUCAUAAUCACGUCGGUAUUCCUGGUGUGUUGGUCACCCUUUUUUCUGACAUUUUCCGUGUAUAUCGGCGCCCCAGAAAUGCCUUUUCAUUUGCAACAGACCUUGAUCUGGUUUGGUUUGUGCAAUUCCACCAUGAACCCUUUUAUUUACGCAUACUUUGUACCCACGUUUCGCCAGACGUUUCGUAAGAUACUGUGCCGUAAAUGA